AAACUAUGUCAGAAACCAUACCAAGAGUUUGAUUAUUUACUCAAUAUUCCUGAAGAAAAGCAAUCAAAAUUAAAGUAAAGUAAAGCAAUUAAAUUCCUUCUAUUGUUUUAUAUUAUUUAUUGGAAAUGACCUUCAAAAUUAGUGUCAGUAAUUGCAACCGAUACAUGAUAGAGGGUCCUCAUUGUAAGUACUAACCUUGGUUUUAGAGUCUCGUCCACGUAUUAUUCGACACUAAAGAAGUCCGUGAUUGGCACUGAAUAACCUAGAGUUUGUUGUCUUGAAAUAGAAAUGGCUCCUUUAUAACAGAUUUCGUUGGGUCAUUUUCGAGCAUUCAUUAUUUCUCGGAUUAAAAUUGCGUCACUGGACCAAGGAUUUGACGACACUUGACUAUAUUGGCUUUUUUACACUCUAAUGACCACCCAUGGAAACGCUUGCCGCUUACGGUAUGCUCAACAUAUCUUCACGCUGUAUAAGCAUAACUUAAUAGAAACCUGAGAAUAACAGGAAUACAAUAAGCUAUUCAUAUUCACUCUAUGACCUCUCCCUUACGUAAUAAUAUUUCAUUAUAUUUGGUGUAACAUUGUAACCUAUGGCGGUCACAUUAAACCAGCAUUGAUUCAAGUAUAUCUUGGAGCAUCAUAGUACACAGUUUACAUCUACAUAAUAUUCCACUACCUUCAUACAGUCCCGUUGUGAAUCCUUCUGAAACUCGCAUUAAGUUUAAACUAGAGCUCAGAAGUAUUUGGAGCUUUGUCAAGGCUUUCAUUUAACCAUUAUGGUAACAUAGCUAAAGAGAAUCACAUAAAAAUUUGCGCGCCAUGCCAAGCGUUAGCCUUCCAAAUAAGUUUAAGACAUGUUAUAAAUAGGCUGAAGCUAAAUAUAGAUGGUUUUUAAGAAGACUUAUCUGAUCGAUCCUGGGAUCGAUCGAUUUAUCAAUCAUGAUAAGAAGAUCAAGCUACGUUUCAGCAAACACAACUACCAGCGGUGAGAAGGAGUCGAAGAUGAAGGAUGAGAAGGAUGUACAAGCACCAGUUGAAUCUACCCUUUCCCUCGGUUCCAGAUGCUAUAUAGUUGGUCUAGUCAUAUUCAUGUCAUUUGGACCGGAAUAUUUCGGAUCUAUAAACGGCUCAUUGAAGAGCACACUAAAGAGCAAGCUAGACAUCAAUAACAGUCAAUUCGGUGUGAUCUCAUCAGCCUCGGACCUCAUCAACACAAUUCUGCCAAUAGUUGGCGGAUUUCUGGUAGAUCAGUUUGGAAUAUGCAGCAGUACUAUAACUUGCAUGUUGUUUAUACUGCUAGGAAACAUCAUUGACUCAAUCGGUGCAACCGCAGAUCACUAUCAGACCUUCGUAGGCGGUGGAAUCGUCUUCGGCAUAGGUCAGUCGGUGCUGGAGACAGCCCAGAGGAAACUCUAUUACCAGAUGUUCCCCAAUAGAGGUCUGGCUCUGGUGUAUGCUAUUGAUCUUGGUUUUGUGCGUAUCUGCAACAUCCUUGGCAAAGUGACAGCACUGCCGAUCGCAAAUGCCAGAGGAUAUGCUAUGUCAUAUUGGAUGUCGGUGGUAUUUACGGCACUUUCGCUCACUGCUAAUCUUAUAGUCGUAUUUUUUAUGUCAAAGAGGAACCGCAUCGACUGCAAGGUCGUGUUUGACAAAGAUACGACGAAGAUACAUAGAAUACUCAUGACUCUGCCAUCAGGGUUCUUCCUGUUCGCUGUAUCGUGGAUAUUCCAACCAUCAGUCUUCUCUACAUUCAACAAAAUCGUCGCUGACUUGGUUAAAGUGCACUACAAUGUGUCUGCAGAACAGGGAGGAUACUACAGCGCUCUGACACAGGUAAUACCAGUUGUAAUGACACCGCUUGGUGGUGUAUUCGUGGAUCUAUAUGGCAGGAGACCACAAUUUGUUCCAGUGGCUGCUGGUCUCUACAUAAUAGUAUAUGCUCUCAUUGCAAAGACGUCAGUGCAUCCAAUACUACCACUUAUUCUGUCAAGUAUCGCAUUCUCGCUCUCCACCAUCUCCCUUCUCGCUUCCAUUCCGCUGAUUAUACACAACGACAAGUAUCUCGGCUUAGCGUUGGGGAUUUGGAAGAGUUUCAUCAAUUGCGGAGACGUCAUUAUGAGUGUUGUGGUAGGAAGAGUGCAGGACAUCACACCAAACGAGUCAUACGUCAACGUCAUUUGGAUAUUCAUGGGUGUGAAGGCAUGGGCUGUUGUGCUUGGUGUAGUUUAUAUAAUUGUAGAUAGAGUGUACUGCAUGAAGAUAUUCGAUCGGAGUGUCAAUAGUCGUGUCAAGCUGGAGGCCGACCUCGGGUGCAGCAUCUUCGUAGCAUCUCGACUCAGUUGGGUGAACAGAUAUGUCAACUGUCUCUGUGUAUUCUUUUAUGGUGCAUUUGUGGUAGCUGCGUGGGUGACCUUCUUCUAUUUCUAUAAGAAUUAGAUAGGUAAUCGGUGUAAUGCUUAGACUCAAACCAGAAUAUAAGACACCAUGCUAAAGCAUAUAUCACGAAAUUGUUAUUAACAUAUUGCUGCGAC